AAAAAUGUUUCUGCAGUGAAUCACCUGCAUGUAGGUUCGCCUCAGGAUACUAGUAAUUUUAAAGGAAUACUAAAACGGCUUGCCAUAGCUGAGGCUGUUGGUGUGAAGCUCGUAUGAAUGUGUGUUUCUCUCUCUGGCCGGAGCUCUACUACAGGCGGAAGUUACAGACGUUUGUGUUGGUGAAAAUCUCUUCUGCUGAGAAAGUGAAAAUCAUCGUAAAUGAUAAGCAGCAGGCGUUUUAUAACGAUUAAACCCUCAGCGCAUCAUAUAUGUGGACGCGGUGGCUUUAUUUUCCCUCAUGCAUUUGCAGACUGCUGGUUGUCGUCGGUAAAGGCAGACUGGCAUAUUUAUUGAGUCUGAUGUCUGGUUAGAUGGUCAGAUAGUGAAGCUCUUACAGUAACUAACUCGCGUUUUGAUUGGAACGUUUAGACAUUCUGUUACAUUGAUUCAUUGUAGCGCGUUUCCGACUCUGAUACACUGUAGCGGGAGAGAAGAAACAUUUACUUUAUUCAGUGAUGACUCGAUUGGGUUUAACAUAACUGCCAAAUCACAUAUGUGACUUUCACAACAACCAAUCUCGUGGAGCAUUUUCUCUUAGCGUUUUGCGCUGGAUUUUCCAUUGGAACCGACAGAGAUGGCAGACAGCGGUCGGGUGAAGAUCGACAGCCCGAGCUCGAGCCCCGGACCCGGGAGGAAAAAGGCGCAGCAGUCGCCCGGUUCAAAGGCGCGGUACUCUGUCAACGCUCCCGGACACUGCUUUCGGAAAGUGACCCUGACCAAACCGACCUUCUGCCAUCACUGCAGCGACUUCAUAUGGGGGAUUGUUGGGUUUGUUUGUGAAGUGUGUAACUUCAUGUCACAUGAGAAGUGUUUGAAGCACGUCAGGACCGUGUGUUCCUGUAUGGCUCCCACACAAGUUCGGGUUCCUGUAGCACAUUGCUUCGGUCCUGCUGGUCAGAAGAAGAGGUUCUGCUGUGUUUGCCGGAAGCAUCUGGAAGGCAGUUCGGCUCUGCGCUGUGAAGUGUGUGAGCUACAUGUCCACAGCGACUGUGCCCCGUUCAGUGUUAGCGAUUGUCGUUUCUCUCAUCAAGAUGGAGGGCAAGACAUUGACACGUACCAGCAUCACUGGCGGGAGGGCAACAUGUCCUCAGGUGCCCGUUGUGAGUUUUGCCGUCGCACCUGCAGCUCCUCAGACGUCCUGGCUGGCAUGAGAUGUGAGUGGUGUGGCGUUACGGCACAUGCAUCAUGUUACAUAAUCAUGUCCCCGGAGUGCAGCCUGGGACGACUGCGGAACAUGAUUCUUCACCCCAGCUGCGUGUCGAUCUGCUCGCGGAACUUCAGCAAGAUGCACUGUUACAGAAUCUCAGAGAAUUCCCAGCACGGCGAGAUGGAUAACCUGGAUGAGGCCGAUACUCCGAGUCCGGUAACGUCAAAGGAGACUCAGUCCACGGGGUCACCUGACACGGGUAAACAGACGCUGAAGGUUUUCGAUGGUGACGAUGCAGCUAAGCGCAAUCAGUUUCGCUUGGUUUCGAUCCCUCGAAUAAUCAAGAAUGAGGAAGUGGUGGAAGCGGCGCUCAGAGCGUUCUUCAUCCCAGAUGAGCCGCAGGAUUAUGAGCUACAGAGUUCCAGCCAACAGGGACUGUUUACAGAUGACAUCAUCAACCGUAACGGCACCCCGGACAACAAGCCCAUUUUUAAAGACACUGUGUCUGAUCCCUUGGUGCUCAGAGCAAAACCCAGAGAAACAGAGGUGGUGAAGAUUUACCCCAGCUGGCACAAGGUUGGAGUCGCCUACAUCUCAGUGACUGCUGGGAAAAACAGCAUGGUAGACUCGGUCAUAAAGGAAGUGCUCCCAAAACUAGGAAAAAAGAAUGAAAACCCUGCUGACUUUAACCUUGUAGAAGUUUUCAUGAGCAGCAAACAAGUUCAAAGACAAGUCCUCAGCGGUCAGGAGCUUUUACUGGACAAACUGCUGGAGAUACGGAAGACAUCGUUGCGACAGAUGAAUCAGACACGGUUUUACAUCGAAGAAAGCAGGAAUCGAAUGGUGCAGGUCAAUCUGAUUUUGGGAGGCUUUCCGACACAACUCGACAAAGAGGAAUACUCACGCCUGCUAUCCGAACACCUCGCCGUCAAAAGUCACUUGGCCACCAUCUCUCACGUAUACGCCGGACAAGGUGCUGUGGUUCUGCAGAUCAGCUGUUUCUCAGAGGCAGAGAGGAUUUACAUGCUGGCCAAAGACAUCAGCAUCAGCGGCAAACAGCUCUACUCGCUUGUCAUACCUGAGAUCAUGCAAAGCAAGCUGGCCAAAGGAAGCUGCCCCCUGCUGGUCUUUGUCAACCCUAAAAGUGGUGGGCUAAAGGGCAGAGAGAUCUUAUACAGUUUCCGGAAACUUCUAAACCCUCACCAAGUGUUUGAGCUGACCAGCGGAGGACCACUUCCUGGGCUGCACGCGUUCAGGGACGUCCCUCACUUCCGUAUCCUGGUGUGUGGAGGAGACGGCACAGUGGGAUGGGUGCUGGGGGUUCUGGAGUCCAUCCGACAUAAGAUUGUCUGUCCUGAGCCAGCGAUCAGCAUCAUACCGCUGGGCACAGGGAACGAUCUGGCUCGGGUGUUGCGAUGGGGGGCGGGAUACAGCGGCGAGGACCCCUUCAACAUCCUGGUGUCUGUGGACGAGGCAGAGCUAGUGCAAAUGGACCGCUGGACAAUUCUUCUGGACGCGCAGCAUAUGGCAGAGGACGGCAAAGAGAACGGCGUCCUAGAGCCGCCCAAGAUUGUGCAGAUGAAUAAUUAUUUUGGGCUGGGAAUUGAUGCUGAACUGAGUCUGGACUUUCAUCACGCACGUGAGGAGUAUCCAGACAAGUUUAAUAGCAGGUUCCACAAUAAAGGUAUGUACGUGAAGGUGGGCCUGCAGAAGUUGAGUCACACACGAAACCUUCAUAAAGACAUCAGACUGCAAGUGGACAGACAUGAUGUGGAACUGCCCAGUAUAGAAGGAUUAAUAUUCCUCAACAUUCCCAGCUGGGGUUCUGGUGCUGACCUGUGGGGCUCAGACAAUGACUCUCGGUUUAGGCGGCCCAGGAUAGAUGAUGGGAUGCUGGAGGUUGUGGGAGUGACUGGUGUGGUGCACAUGGGUCAGGUUCAGAGUGGGCUGCGCUCUGGGAUUCGUAUCGCUCAGGGGAGCUAUAUUCGCAUCACUGUGACCAAACCCAUUCCAGUGCAGGUGGACGGAGAACCCUGGAUACAAUCACCUGGACAGAUCAUCAUCUCAGCCGCAGGACCAAAGGUGUGCAUGCUACGAAAGUCCAAAACCAAGCAGAAGAAACAAACGGGCAGUUUGAAGGAAGGCCGUUCCGACAGUCCAGCUCCCAGUGAUGGUGGGCAGUGACAAACCUCACAAACACUUCAUUGACAGCCCUUUACUGUUGCCUUGACAACUUUUCUUUGAGUCUUUGCUCUGUUCUUUGUUUCACUUUGAGUGGGUAUCAACAUUGACUUUAGCUGAACUAGAAUGUAUGACUCAGACAGACAUCUCUAACAUCUCAUAGUCUGUUGUGUUCAAACGCCCCAUCAGAUGAUAGCACUGCAGUCUGUUUCUCAGGACUUUAGCUGCCCUCGGCCUGUUUUUGCCUUAGAUUCAUGCUGGUGUAGAUCAUUGUGUCGCUUUUAUUUCGAUUGCCAAUCUGCAUCUUCUUUUAAGAGGCAAUAUUGUCUUAAAGUAGUCCAUCACUGAAAUGCUAUGGCACAUAUGAGUAAGCAACCAGUAUUUAAUCCCAUUGUGCACAUCACAAAUGCCAAAAACUACCGUUUCGUGAACACCGCCAAGUUAAGACUAUCACUUAAUACUCGCAUCUUGCCUUUUUGGUUUAUGGUAAAAACUGACUUUCAUCUGGCCAUUUUCAUCUUUAUGCUGAUUAUCAUUAAUGUCUUACUUGAAGUUAAUUUGCAAAAGCAGCCCCUUGUAGCUUUCUACAAGUAUCUAAACCAAAACAAUGCAGUAUAUAUGUACAAACAACUCUAGUUCUUGUUCAAUAAGAGCACAUUUGAAUGUG